AUUUCUUGUCGCGGAUUCUCUUCUCCGGAUUUCUUUUUUUUCCUUCUUUUUUUUUUUUGGACUCGUCGAAUCGUCUGGUUGCCCGUUGAAUCUUAUCGGAAGAUCCGUGAUUUUCGCACGCGACUAGGAAGAUCGAUGGGUUUUGGAUUCGAUUGUUUCUAUUUCUUUUUUGUGUCGUCUUUUCUCGAGUGCGUAUGUAUGACCUUGACUCGAAGCGAACGCGGUAAUCAGAGGGAGCGAGAUCGCGAGAGGGCUCAAGCCAGGAGCGGCCACAAGUCCAAGCAGCCCAAGGGCGACGGUUUGACUCCCGAGCAACGGCGCGAGAGAGAUGCGAAUGCUUUGAAAGAGAAGGCGGCGAGGAAAGCAGCACAGGCGGCUGCCGGAGGGAUUAAUGCAGGCGGUGGUGGUGGUAAAGCCAACAACAAGAAAUGACCAUGGGGAUGGUUAUAGGGAAAACUAGAACUGGGUCAGAUCUGUGGUGUUUCUGGGUCAUCAUACCAUGUCGUUUUGAGUCUGAAGAAAUAUCAUAUGAUGUUCGCUUUCUUGGAGGACAUUGAUGUUGGCUUCUGAAUAGUGUCUGAUUUGGAAUGAAAGCAUUCUUCUUCUCUGUAUAAUGUAACUAUAGAUGUUGUGUUGCCUUCAAUUUGGGCUGGUUAUCUCUGCCUAAUUUUAGAACAAUGAUCAAUGAACAGGCAAAGGACCUUUAAUUUC